GUUCGACUAAUGUUCAACGCAGUUAUCCGACGCUCAACCCGCGGUCCGCUUGAUAUUGAUGACUCCCCUCUUCAACCUGACGAGGUAGCCUCUCCAACAAGCUCUGUCUUCCCCCUGCCUACGCACCAGCAACAGCUCCUCUCUCCCAUAUCCCUCUCUUCAAAUCAGUCCCAGUUCGCGUCACCACGCCUGUCAUCUCCACGUGCAACUCCUCGACUUCCAUCUCCAACUCCUGGCUCUAAUGUCUCCAAUCAAACAUAUCGAACAGCACCCUCCCAUCAAGUAUCCAAUAUGUCAAAUUAUCAAAACCCGCAGAAAGAUUUCGGGUACUUGCUAAGACCAGAGAUCUAUCAUCCGCUGACAUUAUUGGAUGUCCCUCCCCCAUUCCGCGUUUCCUCUCUCCAACCUUCAACCGACACACCGCUCGAAUCUCUAAUCAGCGGCGGGCAUUUCAGAAGUGCAGCUAUCAAAGCAGCCCAACUGCUCACCUCAAGUGGGAUCGCACCCUCCGACCACGAAGCCAUCUUCUCCCUCAUCUACACCCGGCUCUCUUGCCUCACACUCUGCAACGCCACCGCGCUCGCCGCCCAAGAAGUCAAAGCGCUCGAAGACCUCAACUCCUCCUACUACCUCGACGACCUAACCGGCGCACACCUCGCCCCAUGGGAACUGCGCGUCCUCGCCGUGCGCCUGCAAGGAAUGGGCUUCAACGACGCCCGACGCGGCGUCAUGGGCUACUACGAGCUGGGGCGCGAAGCCCGGCUCACGCUCACGGCGCUCAAGAAAGCCGGGCGCGACCAGAACGCCGCCGAGAUCGCGAUGUGGGAUGCCCGGCUCCAGGAUCUCGGCCUCCGAGUGGCGAGCGCCCUCAUCGAGAUGGAGGACUUGGAGGGGGCUGCGCGGCAUCUGAAGACGCUGCGCGUGGACAACGGGAGGCUGCGUGCCCAGCAGGCCCUGCUGUGGCUAUACCUAGGCGACGUCGACGCGGCGCGGAAAUGCAUCGCGGCUGGCGCGGACGAGCAGGCCCGCGAUGUCAUCUUGGCGCUUGCAUGUAUGGGUGAUGCGGAGUACGCGGCCGCGGUCCCGAUCUGGGAGCGCUUGAUUGAGGCGGGGUCUGGAGGGCAGCGAGAUGAUGUCGAGAUAGCUAUGUACCGCCAGAAUCUCGCGGUGUGCUUGUUAUACCUCGGCCAGCUCUCUCUCACGCGCACACAUCUCGAGUCCCUAAUCGACGCCGGGCACUCCUGGCGCGGCCUGACGUUUAACCUAGCGACGGUGUACGAGCUGUGCACGGAGCGGUCGCGAGCGCUGAAGAUUAGCCUCGUGGAGAGGGUGGCGGGGCUCAGGGAGGAGGGCCGGGGGAGCGAAGGCGUGAAUGGGGAUUUCAAACUUUGAUUUUAUUACCGGGAUGGGCUGGUAUUUGAUUCAUCUGAUUGAUAGAUACCUACGUAUAUAAGUUACCUAAGGUUGCUUGGUACAUCGGUAUAUAAGGUAUAUAUGUGUGUGUCCAUGUGCGUACACGAUUCUACCCCUCAACAAGCAACACCGCGCUUCCCCCACCAGGUUUACUAACCACCACAG